AUGAUUGAACAUGGAGUCUGGGACUCUGAUCUCCAAGCAGCACUGGCUGAUAUGAUAACGGAAAUAAUUCAGACAGUUUCUACCGGCAUCCUGAAAUCUGCACUUCCUGCAUUUCAGGAGUUAAUGACAGAUAACGUGUACCAAACAGAUUUUAGCAUGCCUGUGGUAAAAAUAGCUCCGUCGCUGGGAGACUCUCUUUCAACCAGCAUUGGCGUCUCUCUUAACAUCCCCCAUGAAAACUGUCAGUCCAGUAAGAUGCUGACAAAACUGAUUGAAAUGGAGAUCUCAGAAAAGGUCAACUCGGCUGUGACUCUACUCUUAAACAACCCGGAUUUGCGGUCAGAUCCUGCUAUUUAUGUCAGCGGAAAGAUUACAGCCACAAAAAACCUUCGACGCAUGGUCUCUCAUGCAACCUCAUGUGUGGAAAAAUGUGCAGGUAAACUAAUCUGCCUGCGUAUGCGAGAGGGCGCCAGAGAUUGUUCCCCAAGACCCUCUAACUCAAGAGCAGAGAGUACUGACUCAAAGAUUUCUGAGAAGGCAACGGUUGUUGAUGAGGUGUGCACUGCUCUCACCAAAUGGAGCACAGACCCAGCAAUCACUGAGGACAAAACGGAGGAAAAUGACGUAAUGCCUGUAGAGAAAAAAGAAAGUGAAACUGGAAAGACGACAGAAAGUCGUUCCAGCAUCCCAGCUAAAGCCAUUGCAGCUGAUGUUGUCACUGAAAUAGUUGACUAUCUAAGUCAUUUGUGUACUGAAGGUGACACAGAAAAAGAGCACUGCACAGAUGCUGAGACAGCUGAAAGUCUCCAGCUUUCCAGCACGCCAGCAGAAAUAGCUGCAGCUGAUAUUGUAAACACAAUAAUUGAUAAUCUGCAGUUUUCUGAUGGUGAAGAUGUCACAUCUAUAAAGGUAAUACAUACUAUUGGUGAUAUUGUAAAAGUGUUUAAUGAUCCCAUUCAUGGCCACAUUGAGUUACAUCCACUUCUUGUCAAGAUCAUAGACACGCCUCAGUUUCAGAGACUACGAAAUAUCAAGCAGCUUGGGGGCGGUUAUUAUGUUUUUCCAGGAGCAUCGCACAACCGCUUUGAACACUCAAUAGGGGUGGGAUACUUAGCAGGAGAGCUUGCUAAAGCCCUCAAGGUGAAGCAGCCAGAACUUGGCAUCAGUGACCGAGAUGUCCUCUGUGUGCAAAUUGCAGGUCUCUGCCAUGACCUGGGACACGGGCCCUUCUCUCAUCUGUUUGAUGGUAUGUUCAAUCGUGAAGUGGACCCACAAGAUAAAGACUGGAAGCAUGAGGAUGCCUCUUUAAUGAUAUUUGAUCACCUGGUGAAAAAGAAUCAUCUGGAGGAAGAGAUGGAGCAGUAUAAGCUGAAACUCCCAGAUGACCUGACACGUGUCAAGAAUAUGAUUAAACCUCCACAGUGGUCAUAUGAAGAUGAGAAAAAAUCCUUUCUCUAUGAAAUUGUGUCAAACAAGCAAAAUGGGAUUGACGUGGACAAGUUUGACUACUUUGCCAGGGACUGCCACCACCUGGGCAUCCGGAACAACUUUGACCAUCAACGCUUCAUCAUGUUUGCCAGGGUGUGUGAUGUGAAUGGGAGGAAGCACAUUUGCUCUAGAGACAAGGAAGUGGCAAACCUGUAUGACAUGUUCCACACAAGGAUCUCCCUCCACAGAAGAGCCUACAAGCACAGAGUCACCCAGAGUGUAGAAAUUAUGAUCAAAGAUGCGCUCUUAAAAGCAAAUGAGCACAUCGAGAUUGUAGGUUCAGGAGGGAAGACGUUCCAUCUCUCCACAGCUAAAACUGACAUGGAGGCCUUCACAAAGCUGACAGACCAGGUGGUUGAAGAAAUAUCUAAAUCCACCGAAGCUUCUUUAAAGGAUGCAAAAGAGAUUCUACAGAGGAUCACAACUCGCAGGCUGUAUUGGUUUGUGGGUGAAGCCAAGCCAAUGGUGGAAUGGUUGAAGAAGGAGCUUCGUGAGGCCAUUCCUAAGGAUGGAAGUCACGAUGAAAAAGGCACCUUUCAAGAGAAGAAGGAAAGUUUGAGACAGAAACUGAAUGACGAGGUUGGAGAAAAUCUCUUUGAAGUUACUGUUGUCACUUUGGACUAUGGGAUGAAAAACAAGGACCCCAUCAAUAAAACAUAUUUCUAUUGCAAGGAGAAGCCUGACAAGGGAUUCACGAUCCCCAAAUCAGAGGUGUCCAAGCUCCUCCCAGAAUGCUUUUCUGAGGAUAUCCUUAGGGUUUACUUAAAGACGCCUGAACCUGAAACUGUGAAAGACAAGGCAAAGAAGUGCUUCAGAGAGUGGUGCAAAGAAAAUGACUUUGAGCAGGAGUGGGGCCGGCAGAGGUUUGCCCGGUGCCCACAGUGGUCACGUCAGUGGGAGGAUCCGGGGGCUUCUCUGUGA